AUGGUACCUCUGAAACAGAAUGAAAUAAUGCAGCAAAUGAACGCUCUCAGAGCUGAGCUCAAGAAAUGGGAAAAGGAAUUUUCGGUGGAAAACAAUGGAGUAAAAGCCUCCCGGGAUGAUAUAAAAAAGAGGGCUGAUAUCGCGGCAAAAUACAAAGAAUACAACCGGAUGCGUGAGGUUCUCGCGGAAAAGUCGCGCCUAGCCGAUCAAUCAAGCAAAUGUCGGACUCCAAGAAGAAGAAACUUCCAAGAAAUGAGCCAUGAUGAGAGUAAUCAGCCAGAAUCCGUGCAAACGCCGAGCGCGGCUGGUAAUUCACCCUGGAAGAUUGACCCAUAUGAUUCCCCAUCGGUCGUCAGAAGUUUAUUUACGCCAUCGAGAAAAUCACUCGCGCCGACACCGCAAAAAGAGGGCAAGGUGUUGGGCUUAUUUGAUCUUCUAGCUGACGAAGAGGGGACGAUUACUCCGAAAAGAAAAAGAAUCAAGCAAAAAGGUGGCUCAAUUCCUUGCAUGGAAACUGUGUCUUGUAAGUCAGACUCGGUGCAAGCCGUAGCUGUAAGGGAUACCACAGUUUUGACGCCUUCAAGAAAACAUCAAGUUCCGGACUCGUAUGUAACACCUUCAAAAACUCGAAGUCAAAAUAACCUUGGAGUCGGAACACCUGUAUCUGUGUCCAAGUACCAUCCUUCCACUCCAUCAUUCCUUCGGAGAGACCACAGAUUACUCCAACCAGUGUUAGAGAUAGACGAAGAAUCCUUAAGCCUUCCACCCCGAAUAACGGCAGCUGUUAAAAAACCUCAGAUCAAAAGUCUAAGCAGUAUUCUCGCUGACCUGCGAAAUGUCCAAGAAGCUUAUCUCGAUGAAGAUCUUGAGGCACUUCGUGAUAUGGAAGCCGAGGAAUAUGGCUACAGUCAACCCCUAGCGCGACCAAAGCAAAAGCCAGCUGACUUAGGGGAGCUCACAAAGUACGCUGAAGGACCCAAAAUUACUCUCAAUGAAGAUUCUGCAACGAUAGGAUCCAAUGGUGGGUCAGGAUCUGGCCAAGAAAAGUCGAGUCAAGCUGUCAAGAUCUUCAAGAAAAAAGGACAAAAACGCACUACUCGUAAAGUUAAAAUGAAACCAACUCGACCCAUGCUAGCUUCUUCCAGAGAAGCAGGCGAUGUAGAAAAAAGAAGCAUACAUCCAGCUUUAUCUGAGGGCCAGGAAAACAACGUGGAUCAGCUCAGUGACUCAGCAAGAAACUUUGAUUCAGACACCCAGUCGGAAUACACGGCAUCUGAAGGAGAGACUCGCUACCGCCGACCUAAAUCUAACAAGACACUUGUCACGGCAGAUGGACGUAGCUCUAGGAGAGUGGGAGCUGUAGUGCAUCAAAACUACAAGCGGCUGAAAUUGCGGAACUCCGGCGCAAAAGGUCAACCGGCGUGUAGCGAGAGAUUUCGGAGAAAAAAGAAGUGA